AUGGCUUUCCCCCCCUCGGUGCACCACCUGCACCUCCCCCGCACUAAGCGCCACCACCGCGCAUUCCAAGAAGGAUCUCAAGAAGACGAGCUCGACCCGACCCAACCUUCUCAAUCUCAGCUUCGCAAAGGCAAGGGCAAGAAUUCAGUUUACAAAGAUGAUCAGAGAGGAGGGAUUACGGAUGAUGUUGGUGUUGGGGGUGCAGUGGGAGGGUUUGGGAAACAGGCGGGGGUCAGGCUGGAUAGGGAUAAGAGAGGAGGGUGGGGUUGGAAUUGGAGUUUGGAAGAUCCGAAGGGAGGGACGAAAGAGGGGAGGUGGUCUACUGGGAAGGCAGCCACAUACUUUCCCGGGACGAUCUCGACUGAGACAGAGGGGAUGGGUAUGCCUUUCGAGGAUGUUCUUCAGAGCUCUGUGCAAUACGCUGAAUCGCUCUGUCUCCCUUACGAACGCGAUGGCCUACGAGACGUCAUCACAGAAAUCCUUACUGAAGACUUUCCUUCCGCCGGUCCAUCGGGCACGUCCAAACAACCCGGCUGGCCGCAUCUGGACCUCGACCUCAACCCAGAGAUGAACAAGAAGAGGGAUGUGUACAGAGGUGCCAGGGUGGUGGUUGUACAGAAUCCGAAGGGAAGACCAGCGAGAAGUUUUGUGGCGUUCCCGACCGGGAAAGUGGGGCAUCAGCUCAGAGACGCUACAGCCCUCAUCGUCCGUCUUCAAACCACCACCCACCUCCUCAACAUUCACCCCCUCUCAUCUACCCCCUCGCCCUUCUCCUCAACACGUACAGCCCAACUAUCCUACGUCGAUACUGAAUCCCGCAAACACAUCAACAUCGCCCUAGACGCCGAGAUAUGGUCAAGAGCGUUGGUGGUCGAUGAAGGCGGUGGUGUCUGGUUGUGGUGGGAGGAAAAGGAGACUAAAGGCGGGAGGUUGGAAAAGGUUAUGAAGCUGAGAAAGGUACGAGAGGCUGUCGAGGAGGAAGAGGAGGAAGGAGAAAGGUUUUGGGGGGUGGCUUUUGGGACGAGGCCGGGGACUGCGAUAGUCGUUUCUGCAAGAGAAGCGACAAUUAUCGAUAUCGACGAUCCCGACCACCCUACUAGGAGUCUUAUGACGCUAAAUGGUCCCACACGUCGCUUUCUCGGUAUUGAGAGGACUGCAGCUGCGAGGGGCAGCAAGUGGACGGUGAUGUGCACUACCCACGAGGUGUUUUGGAUCGACGAGACGGGCAAGGGAGUCCCGAGUUUGGGGUGGAAACAUGGGUAUGAGGGUGCGGAUGGCAUGGAGAUCAUUGUCCUGCCCGGGGUGAACAAGGGCGAGUGUACCACCCUCCUGUACUCAGCCUCCGACUCGUUCAUAACCGUCUUUACAACCCCCAAAUCCGGGCCUCUACGUUUCAUCGGUCAACCCUACGCGCUAUCUCUCAAUCUUCCCCCAGAGAGCAUCCCUACGACGUUGACGAGCCUGUCAAUAUCACCCAACCGCCAUCUUUCGUCUCUGCUCGGUCUGUCGGACGAUGGCACCUUGAGCUAUAUCCCUUUGAGCGCUACGACCCCUCUCCCUCCUUCGGCAGAGAAACAAAAGCCGCUCGAACCAAUUCCAACCUCCUGGGACGAUACCGUCUCUGAGCUGGCGAAAAAGGACGACAGGAACGAAUUUGGCGCCGGCGAUGGAUGGGAAGAGAAAGCAAAAGUCGGUUUCCGAGAGUUGAACCUCAGGUGGGCCUGGCUUGCUAUCGGCAAAGACGACGAUGGGUCCGAUUCUGGAGAGAAUUCCGAAGCCGAGGGACUCGAUUUCGCACAGGCGGACAUUGAGGAAGAAGAUGAGGAUGCGGAUGUGCAGAUGAUGUCCGAUGGAGAAGAGGGGCAAUGGGACGAUGAUGAGAGCGAGGUGGCAGAGGAACGAUGGUUCGUCCCCGAAUUGUUUGAGAGGUAUUUGAGAGAGACGGAAGCGCCUGUGGAGAGCGUGAUGACUGUAGCCGAAUUAGCAAGAGACUCGCUGGUACCUUUUUCAGAACCCGAGCGUGCCGAGAAUGGCCAAGAGAAGGAGAAGGAAGGCAAAGUCAGCAAGAUACUCCCUAUACCUCUGCACCCUUCUUCCAUUCGCCCUACUCUUGAAGCCCUUGGCAAGAUCGAUUUCAGCAAGCACCUCACCUCUUUACUUGACCUCCAAUCCUUCCUCCCCGCUCUAGCAAGCGCUCAGCCUCCUCUAUCGAAAGACGACAUCGAUCCCGUAACGCUGUACGAUUCCCUCUGCGAGGCCUUCCCACCUCAAAGCGCUAGGGACAAACACGCUACAGCCCAGCUCGUCCUCUCCCUCUUCCUCUUUAGCAAAGUCAUCUCUCCCGAAGACUUUCUUCCGAUCCCCAAAUCGGCACACGACCAAGCUCUGGAAGACGAGCAAGCAGAGGUACAGAGAAGGGAUGAGGUAGAGCAGUUUGUGCAAGCUGCGAGCCGUUUGACAUUGGAUGAGUCCGGGCCGGGGAGAAUACAGUUCAACGUACUUCAACCUCGUCUUACUCUUCGAGGUGAAGAUGCAGGAAAUGGUGAAGAAGAAUGGGCGGACGAGGAAGGUGAAGAGGCUGAAAGGGCGGCGGUGGAAGCAGACUUGCAGAGUCGCAGUGCGAAAGCGUUAAUGGAGGGCUGGAAAGUGGGAGAAGACCCAGCUACAUGGGUGUGGGAAGAUUGGAACCUCGACCAAAGUCAUACCACCCCAUUUCCUCGAGCGACUCAAUCUUCCACCAGCCAACGUGCCCCUCCCCUCCCAACGAUUCAAACGGCUCGACCUAUCCGUCCUCUUCCAUCUUCACGAACGCUAUCCAACCUCGCGCUACCAUCGCCCAACACACCCGAGCCUCAUCAGUUCUCACACCUCGUACCCCCUACCCUCUCGACCUCUCACUCACUUCCUUCGCUUAGUCGCAUGCCGGCACAGGCGAGAUCAUCUCCGCCGCCCGGAUGGGAUGGCGGUGGCAGUCAGGAGCUCAGUGGAGCGGGGCAGAUUCAGAGCCAAAGUCAGAGUCAAGGGGCAGAGUGGGCGAGUACGCAGGUGGAAAGGGGCAAGUUUGGAGGCAAGUUAGAGAAGAAGAAGAAGAGCAAGAAACGGUUGGGCGGCUUUUAG